ACUGGUGUGCCCCGAGGUGGCCUGGGCUGUGAAUAGACAAGCAAGCAACUGUUUCGCUGUUUUACCAUCGACAUCGUGAUGAAACGCACCGCCAAACACGAUGGCGUGACGGGCGGAUCAAAACCGUCAAUCGCUGACGCUUCGUCGGGAGUGUCUCCGACAGGGGGGCUCAAGCGAUCCAACAACACUCGCGUUCCAUCAGCAGUACGACGCGGUAGCCUGUUUCGGCUUGUGCUGUUGGCGAUGGCACUCGCAACUCUUGUCGUCUGGUCGCCGUUUUACUUUGAUCGAGAUCCUAUUGCGACUGUCUCGCAGUUCUUGCCGCAACAAAUGCUACAACAAUUGCCACAAUCAAAUACUUCCGCAGCAUAUUCUGCCAAAUCCCUUUUAUCCCGACCGCUCCCUUCCACCGCUACCAUUCAUUUACCCUCACAGCCAUUACCCACUUGCGCCAAUACGAUCGUUAUGGCCUAUUACAACGUCAAAUCAAAAUUCAAACCAGAAUCCUACAGGGGCUGGAUGAAGAAUAGUCUCAGUUUACACGACUGUAUGGUUCUCUACGUACAACCCGAUCUAGUACCUGUCAUGCAAUCGUUACGAGUCCAUGCUGCCGACAAGACAGUCAUUGUUGCUAUGAAUCUCAACAACCUGCCGCUGGCAGACUUGCAUCGCCACAAUUCCGAAUUUUGGCAAAACCAGCUCGACAUUGAUCGAGAAAAGGCUCGACACCAGAGCUUUCAUCUCUUUUGGAUAUGGUUGUCCAAAACAUGGUGGGUGAGGACAACAAUCACACACAACUGGUUUCAGUCGGAUUUCUUUCUCUACUCCGACAUUGGUUGUUUCCGCAACGGCAAGUACAACGAUCGCCAGCUCAUCCGUCGGGACAAAAUUGACUCGCUGUUACCGCGCGAUAAGGUUGUUUGGAUGGCGCAUCGCGCCCCCAACGCGCCGCCCACACCGCUCUGGAACGACAAAUUUACACAAAAGCAGCACUACUUUCAUUCCGGUUCACAGGGAGCGGCUUGGAAACAAGCCUGGAUCCAGUACCAUGACGCCUUUGCCACCAUGGUCGACGCCUUUCUCGCCGCAAAUCUGUUUAUCGGAGAGGACCAGUGCGUGUUACAGGGAACCUGCCAGGCCAAUCCAAAGUUUUGUGCCUACGUUCCCUUUGACCAAGUUGCGGACAAUAACUAUUUCGGACUCCGGCACGUGUUACACGUUGGAGGGGAUUACAACUUUUGGUACAUGCCACCGUCCAAGCAGGAAGAGGCUGCCAACUGGCUGCCCAGCCGGUAA